UAGAAAGACAAAGAAGAAGGAAGGAGGCGCCAAACGAGCUCAGAGGGCCUCGUCCAACGUGUUCUCCAUGUUCGAACAAACUCAGAUCCAAGAGUUUAAAGAGGCGUUCACACUGAUCGAUCAGAACCGAGACGGAUUCAUCGACAAAGAGGAUCUGAAGGACACGUACGCGUCUCUGGGUAAACUCAACGUGAAGGACAAUGAGGUGGAGGACAUGUUGAGAGAAGCCACUGGUCCCAUCAACUUCACCAUGUUCCUCAACCUGUUUGGAGAAAAGUUGCACGGCACUGACCCUGAGGACACCAUCUUAAACGCUUUCAAAAUGUUUGAUCCUGACGCCAAAGGCUUCGUUCACACGGACGAAUUACAGAAUUUGCUGAUGACACAGGCCGACAAGUUUUCAUCUGAGGAGGUGAAGCAGAUGUUUCAGUCGUCAAAUAUCGACACAGCAGGAAACUUGGAUUACAAAUCUCUGUGUUACAUCAUCACACACGGGGAGGAGCAGGAGGAAUAAAAACGUCUCUGCUGCUGUUUGGUUGUGAUGCGUUGAAGCUUCGAGACUUUGUGAUGAAAUGAUGAAAAUAAAGAAAGAAAAACUG